GUAACCAUUUUACUUGUUUUUAUUUGAGCCGUGAGUCAGAGAGUCAGAGAGUCAGAGAGUCCGGGGACGGGGGCGAGGGAUGGAUGCUACCGAGGGAGACGCACCGGUGAACCCGCAGGAGAGGAGCAGCCACACGGCGUUCAUAGACAAUAACACUCUGUAUGUGUGGGGAGGCUACCAGGUGGUCGCUCGAGAGGAUGUCAUGUUGCCCAGCGAUGAGAUAUGGCUCUGCGAUUUAGACAGCGGGGCAUGGGAGCGGAGGGAAAUCACAGGAGACAUUCCCCCAAACUUAGAAGGCUUCUGCGGCUCCCAUGUCAACGGCACACUCUACAUUUUUGCGGGAUGCGACCCCGUCGGAUACACCAACCAGAUGUUCAGUGUUGACCUCACAGAGCCGUGCUGCUCAUGGAAGAAAAUGACUGACACCAAGGGAACGACGCCGUCGCCACGAAACAAACACUCGUGCUGGGUACACAGAGACAGAUUAAUCUACUUUGGUGGAUAUGGAUGUAAAACCAUUGGGGAGGUGCGAAACACGUCAUCGUCAAGCUUCGUCGUGGAGGAGAUGUCCUGGACAACAAUUGGAGACACGUUAUUCAGGUGCUGGGGCUGGAACAAUGAAGUCAAUGUUUUUGACACACACACUGCUACGUGGAGCAUGCCAGAGACUCGAGGUCCGGCUCCUGGCCCCAGAGGCUGCCAUGCCAGCGCCCUCCUGGGGAACAAAGGUUACAUCUCUGGUGGUGUGGAGACAGCAGAGUUGGACCUGUUCUGCUUAGACCUGGAAACCUGGACCUGGACUCAAUUUGACAUCUCCUCGUCCUGUUCACCCCUGGGGCGCUCCAUGCACACCAUGACGCCCAUAUCGGAUCACGCACUCUUCGUGUACGGAGGUCUCGGCACAGACGGAAACACUCUCAACGACGCCUGGCAGUUUAACACGGUUAAAAGAGAGUGGACCAAGAUGACACACCCACACAAGGACAAGCCCAGGGUCUGUCACACCGCGUGCCUGGGAAACGACGACGAUGUUGUUGUGUUCGGCGGAAGCAGUAACCUCUGCAUCCUCAUGGACUCGGUGGCUGUUCUUAGGGCUCCAUCGCAACAUCACUGCAGAGACGUGAUCAUCUUCCAGACCCAGCCGUACUCCCUCUUCAGAUUGUGUGAGGACUUGAUGGGGAAAAAGCCAGAGCUGUUUGGGAAGCGGCUGAACUGGCUGCCUUCGAAGCUGAGGAGCAGAGUUGAUAAGCGAGUGGCUUUUUUCUCCAACACGAAGCCAAUCUUCACAGCUUGAGGACGACUGUUUUUUUGUUUUUGUAGUUUUAGAGACAUGUGUUUCUGAGCCAGUCAGUUACUACAAAACCGUUACAUUUUUUUGUUUUUUUGUGUCAGGAAUAUUUGUAAUGAUUUGAAAAAACAAAAAAAACAUGGUGCUAAAGUUUCAUUGUUUUAACUUAAGGAAAUAUCAUUUGUAAAUAAAGUGUUUGUCUUAUUUUAAACAACAAAGCUUGAUUUAGGUAAAAUUUUACAUUGUGUAGUGAUGUUUUUGAAUAAAGGUAUUGGUAUGUUG